CGCGGCCACGGCGGGGCCGGUGCCGGUAAAGCGGCGGAGCGGCCGCGGGGGGGGGACACCCCGCACGAUGGAGGGCCACCUGGCGCGUUGCAAGAUCGUGGUGGUGGGGGACACGCAGUGCGGCAAGACGGCGCUGCUGCACGUCUUCGCCAAGGAUUGCUACCCCGAGAGCUACGUGCCCACCGUUUUCGAGAACUACACGGCCAGCUUCGAGAUCGACAAGCAGCGCACCGAGCUCAACAUGUGGGACACCUCAGGCUCAGCCUACUACGACAACGUCCGGCCCUUGGCGUACCCGGACUCGGACGCGGUGCUCAUCUGCUUUGACAUCAGCCGCCCCGAGACCCUGGACAGCGUGCUCAAGAAGUGGCAAGGGGAGACUCAGGAGUUCUGUCCCAAUGCCAAGAUCGUGCUGGUGGGCUGCAAGCUGGACAUGCGGACGGACCUGAACACGCUGCGGGAGCUUUCCAAGCAGCGCCUCAUCCCCGUCACGCACGAGCAGGGCAGCGCGCUGGCGCGGCAGAUCGGGGCGGUGGCGUACGCCGAGUGCUCCUCCAAGGUGUCCGAGAACAGCGUGCGGGACGUCUUCCACGUGACCACGCUCGCCUCCGUCAACAGGGUGCACAAGAACUUGAAGCGCUCCAACUCCAAGCGGGGACUGAAGCGGGCGUCACAGAUGCCCGGCAGGACGGACUUACUGAACGACACGGAGAUCAGGAAAGACCGAGCCAAGAGCUGCUCCAUCAUGUGAAAAACAGGGCUGUAAAUAACGUG